GAUCCCCCAGCAGGAAUGGCGGCUGCGAUCCAGAAUAGUCUGAAAGUGGCGUUGAGGAGACGCAUGAAGGAUGCCCUCAAGUGCCUGGAUGCGGAGACCAUUGCCCGGCAAUCCCAAGCAGUCACGGCCAAGGUGCUCCAGAGCGAGAUUUUCCGGCAGGCUCAGCGGGUGAGCAUUUACCUGAGCACCACCUCCGAAUUGGACACUACGGCGCUGCUCAGCGAGAUGUUCCGCCUGGAGAAGAUGGUCUUUGUGCCGACCUACGAGGGCAGCAAGAUGAAAAUGGUUCGACUGCGCGGGAUGGAAGAGUACGAGAGUCUGCCGCUGACCAAGUGGAACAUCAAGCAGCCGGACUUUAAGGAGGCCCGCGAAGAUGCCAUGACCAAUGGCCACGGCAUCGAUCUCUUCAUUGUGCCCGGAGUGGCCUUCACCCGCUGCGGAGCUCGCAUGGGCCAUGGAAUGGGCUACUACGACAAGUUCCUAAAGCAGCACGCUGACAAAUAUCCGCACAAGAAGAUCUCGCUGAUGGCACUGGCCCUCAACGAGCAGAUAGUCAGCAAGGAGGAGCUACCCUUGGAGUCGCACGAUGUCCGUUUGCACAGUGUAAUUACAGAAAAUUAACAUUAAGCUUAAAUACAGAUUGGAAAAAAUAAUAAUAAAAUACAAAUACAAAAUACAGUGAGCUAA